AUGGUCCAGAUCACACCUCUUGUCCUGGCCGGAAUGGCUAUUUUCGGCUCAGCUUUUGCCCGCCCCAGUCACGACAUUAAGGCCGAAGCCGCUGAGCGAGCUGCGUUCAUGAAGCGCACUCCAGUGGAAAAGCGAAGCCUGGGACACUGCGCCGACACCCUCAAGGCCCGCCCUUCUCUUAAAUGGCGCUCGUUCGAGUCUGCGCUCAAUACUUCCCAUCACUCUAACAUGGAGGGAAUAACCCAAUACCACAACCCCGAGGAUCUGUUCAAGGCCGAAUCCACCUGCGUCCUGGCUGACGACAUUACUGAAGGCCCUUACUCUAGCACCAACGGCAACGACAGCGACGCCAACCUGGACACCACCUCCCUGCGUGGUAUCCAUAAGUCGGACGAGAACGGCGUGGUGACUUUUGAAUCCAUCUUCCCCGGUCACUAUACCGGCCGUGCCACUCAUAUUCACGAUAACACCCAAGAGCUAACCACCAACGCGAAGGAUGACAUCCUCGAGGGCGAGGCCGAAGACAUCGAUCUCUUUAUGGAGUAUGUCCUUCUCGGGGACGACGUCAGCGAUGGUAUCUUCGCCUGGAUCUCCGUGGCCAUCGAUCCGACCUCCGACAGGGAGUUGAGCCCCGCUGCGUACUUCACUCACGAUGGAGGUGUCGAGAAUGAGAACAGUGAUAUGGGCGGUGGCCCUGGUGGCGCUAGCCAUUCGGGUCCUCCCUCUGCCAGCGCUGCGCCCAGUUCUUAG